AUGGAGCCCCUCAAUGCCCCCGACACGGAGCCGCUGCUUCCUCGACCAUCGUCGGCAUCAUCUUCCGUGUCGUCGACAUCACCUUCGGCCUUAUCGGCGACCCAGCGGCUAUCGAAACAGCUCACCACACGACAUGCAUUUACCGUCCUCGUCACCCUCCAGAUCGGCUCGGGCAUCUUUGCAUCCCCCGCCCAGGUAGAUGCGAACGUGCCCUCGCCCGGUGCUGCCCUGGUUGUAUGGGUGCUUGGCGGUCUUUUGUCAUGGGCAGGAGCCGUGUCGUUUGCUGAGCUGGGUGCUGCCCUUCCCUUCAACGGGGGUAUGCAGGAAUACCUGCGCCACGUCUAUGGUGAUACUGCCGCAUUUCUCAUGGCUUGGGUGUACAUCUUGGGCGUGAAGCCCUCGUCUAUGGCGAUUCAAAGCAUCGUCAUCGCCGAGUCUGUCGCCUCAGUCACAUCUGCCACUGGCGAGCUGCCAGAUGCUGGCAUACUGAAGCUCAUUGCAGCCCUUGCCUUUGUAUCCAUGGUUCUUCUUAACUCCAUAAACACGAGACUUACCAUACGACUGAGCGAGUCGUUUACUGUCUUCAAGCUCACAACUGUUUCCCUUGUCGUGCUCGGCGGCCUCAUUGCUGUCAUUGCUCACCUAGUUAACCCAGCUUCCUCGCUCUCCGGCUCGAGCGACUGGUAUUCCAAGAAUUGGUUUCAGUCAAGGCCAACCGUGACGGAUGGCAAGACGAUCGACUGGCCAUCGAUGGGCGCGUGGGAUCGCUAUGGCCAUUACUGCGCAGCCAUCUAUGGCGGACUAUGGGCCUACGAUGGAUGGGAUAAUGCCAACAUGGUUGCCAGUGAGAUCCGCGACCCAGGCCGUGCCCUUCCAAAAGCCAUUAGAGCAGCCAUGAUUGUAGUCCUCGGUUCAUUUGAGCUUGUCAACGUCGCUUACUAUAUUCUCGUGCCUUGGGAUCGGCUGAGUACCAACAAUGCUGUUGCUGUUGCUGCUGCGACAUCCCUGUUUGGACGGCCUGCCGGUAUUCUCAUCACUGUUCUUGUCGCUGUUUCCUGCGCCGGAUCCAUUACCAGUAAUGUUUUCUCGGUCGGCAGAUUAACUAUGGCUGCUUCGCAGCGUCACUAUCUCCCGAAAUUCUUCAGCAAACGAGGACUGCCAAUGACAAAGGUGUCCGAGCCAGACAGCAGUGCCUCGUUCCAAUUCGAUGCCCCCAUCUACGCCAAUGCUCUGGCCCUUGUUGUGACCCUUGGGUAUAUACUCACAGGCAGUUUUCGGGCACUUUUGACAUUUGCUGGCAUGGCCGUAUGGGUCUUUUACGUCAGCACAGUAGUCGGCCUACUUAUACUUCGUCGCCGAGAGCCACAGCUUGUGCGACCUUACCGUCCAGCUAUCUUCCUUCCCAUCGUCUUCAUCAUCGUCGGCAGUUUGGUCAUCCUACGGUCUGCCAUUUUUGCACCAGUGCAGAGCGGGGUACUUGCAGGGUUGCUGGUUGCUGGCACCCUAAUAAACAAGGUUCGAAGAAGCCCAUAG